CUAGAUCUCUCCCGGAACAUGUCGGCUACUACCACCACCACCGCGACUAAGGUCUCACCUGCGCUAUCGGCGCUCGCCGACAUUGAUUUGUCGGGGUACGACGCCGAGCAGUCGAGGCUGAUGGACGAGAGAUGUAUCUUGGUGGACGAAGAGGACAAUGCUAUUGGUGCAGCCGACAAGAAGACUUGCCACUUGAUGGAGAACAUCAACAAGGGCCUCUUGCAUCGCGCCUUCUCCGCCUUCGUAUUCAGGCCGUCCGACGGAAAGCUUCUCCUGCAGCAGCGUGCGACGGAGAAGAUCACGUUCCCGGACAUGUGGACGAACACCUGCUGCUCGCAUCCGCUCGACGACUUCGCGGAGGAGAAGAUCGAGGCGGAGCAGCUCGGCGUGCGCAUCGCAGCCUCGCGGAAGCUCGAGCAUGAGCUCGGGAUCCCGCCCUCUCAGACGCCCGUCGACCAGUUCCAAUAUCUGACGCGCAUCCAUUAUCUGGCACCUUCGGACGGUAUGUGGGGUGAACAUGAAGUGGAUUAUAUCCUGUUCCUCACGGCGGAUGUGGACGUCACCCCGAACCCGAAUGAGAUUCGGGAUCACAGGUACGUCGACAAGGCAGAGUUGCAAGCCUUGUUCGACGCGCCCGGGAACUCGUUUACGCCGUGGUUCAAGCUGAUCGCGCGCGACUUCCUCUUCGGAUGGUGGGACGAGCUACUGAACCGCAAGGACGCUUCGGGCAACGUCGUCGCGACGAGCCUGCGCGGUCUCGUCGAUGGGAGCAAAGUCAUCAAGAUGGUCUGAUUCAAGUCGUUGUCGUUGUUGUUGUAUAGGGUGUAUAAUAUGCAGUUGUUCGCUUGAUCAUGUGUUUAGAUACGUAGACUUAUUAGACCCUGGAACAUAGACCGAUCUACGGCGAGUACUUGACUGCAUGCAGCAGAUGCCUUGUUUUUCCGUUUUCCCCCACAAUUUCCGAAAUAACGUCGUCUUGGCGUCCUCGAUGGGACCUGAACACGUUGGACCUUGCUGUGCACGUUCAGGAUUUGAUAUUCCUGGUGCUCCACGCAUUUGGCUACUCCGACGCUCUCCGACGCAACCGAUGCUGGGAAUAGCAUUCUUAGUUCAGGAUACUUAUACGGUACUAUGUUGGCCUUGGUCGGUGCCUUGUAGGUCCGUGAGAUUAGAUGUGACGGAUUGGAAUGUGUAUCCUAAUUGAGAUAAGGUUUGUCGAAUGAAGUCUGCAGUUCUAACGU